AUGUCGAAAAAAAGAAAGUACGAUGACUCUUAUACGUCGUUUGGUUUUACAUCUAUUACCGAACGCGAUGGUACACAAAAACCACAAUGUUUUAUCUGCGGAAAAAUACUUGCAAAUGGCAGCAUGAAACCAACAAAGCUUAAAGAACAUCUUGCUUCGGUACAUCCUCAACAUGCGUCUGAUAGUCUGGAAGUAUUACAAAUAAAAAAAGCACCUUUUGAAAAAUCCGGUACAGUACCCAAACUUGGAUUUGUACCUCCGCAAAAACCGUGUCUCGAAGCAUCUUACAAAGUAGCUUACCGCAUUGCUAGAAGUAAAAAACCACAUACAAUUGGUGAGUCACUAAUAAAACCAUGUGCAUUAGAAAUGGUAGAAUUAGUAUGUAGUUUGGAACAACGAAAAAAAAUUGAAUCUAUACCUUUAUCACAUGAUACUAUUAACUCUAGGAUUUCUGAUAUGUCCACUAACAUUUUGGAACAAGUAAUUCGGGAAUUAGAUUCAACCCCUUUCCCAUUCAGUAUGCAGUUAGGAGUCUAUGUCAAUUGGUCGUGGUAA